AUGGUAGGUGCUUUUCAUGGGCAUGCUCAUAACCAAUGCUACCAAUUGGACUGGCACCCAAUGUAUAUUGAUGGCACUGGCCAUACAGAGGGCGAGGGGUGCAAGCAUGUGUUUGCGUCUUCAAAUGAACUUGUACAAAGCACAAGGCACACAUCUGCAUUCCACCAACACCAGACCAUUGAAGAACAUUUUGCAUUCUGGGACGAUGACAAAUAUGCUACAUUAAUGCUAACAUCAAUCAAGACCCUUACAGCUGAACUAUCCAUUUUGAAAGACACCCUUGGCUUAACCAAUGCAGAUUUUAUUCAAUUUCACUCCCAAGAAAGGUUGUAUCUUGACAACCUGAAGGAACCACCUCUGAAAGAAAUUCUUCACAUUUGCUAUGUUCAAGUCCUACAUGAAUUGGCCAAAUCUGAGUGGGAUUUGGCAUGCAAAGCUGCAAAUCAAGCACUGACCACUAUUGCAGCCGAAGCCUUAACUGCACAUAUGGAGAUUCAACUUGGAAUUGAAGAACACUGGGAGAUUGGGGGUGACACUUAUAAUCAAUAUGAACAGGAAGCAUCUCAGUGUCAAUAUUGCACUGCUUUAGAUGAUUUAGAACAGCUGGUUGUCAUGCGUUUGUUCGAGCUCUCAAAACUUUCACUUUCAGGAAUGGGUGUGCAUUUGACCUUUCACUUACUCAUGUGGAGAUACUGA